AACAAGGCGAGGAAAGAAAGCUUAGGACGGAAGGGUUAGGAUUUGGUGCGGCUAGUCACCAUCCACAGAAUCGAAGAGUUGUUGUUUUUAUGGCUGGACUCGCUGUUCUUUUUUGGUAGCUUUGCUUUGAUCGUGAUCCGGAGGGACUCGGCGUGGCAGAAGGCGGCGCAGUAAAUCCCAUAAAUAAAGCAAAAAGGAAAACGAGAGGGGUGAUAGAUAUCAAAUCGAGGCAUGGAAUCCGCUGCCCGACGCCGGCUGCGGGCCAUCUCCGGCCAUCUUCUCGCCUCUGGCGAUCGGGAUAGGAGUUCUAACCUUAGCACCAACGCAACCGUCGGCGAGUUUGCGCUUGCACAGGGUUACAGUGUUGUUCUUCCUGAGAAAUUGCAAACUGGGAAAUGGAAUGUUUACAGAUCUGCAAGAUCACCACUGAAGCUAGUCUCUAGUUUUCCAGAGCAUCCGGAUAUUGCAACACUGCAUGAUAAUUUUGAACAUGCUGUAGAGACCUUCCGAAAUUACAAGUAUUUGGGGACAAGGAUUCAUAUGGAUGGAACAGUUGGGGAAUACAAGUGGAUGACCUAUGGAGAAAUUGGUUCAUCUCGGACAGCAGUAGGAUCUGGCCUCAUUUAUCAUGGAAUACCUAAGGGUGCAUGCGUAGGACUCUAUUUUAUAAACAGACCAGAGUGGAUCAUUUUUGACCAUGCCUGCUCAGCAUACUCUUAUAUAUCUGUGCCUCUUUAUGAUACACUGGGACCUGAUGCUGUGCAGUAUAUAGUUAAUCAUGCAUCAGUCGAGGCCAUUAUUUGUGUACCCCAAACACUGAGCAAUCUACUUAGCUUCUUAUCUCAGAUGCCAUCUCUUCGUUUGAUAGUGGUUGUUGGUGGAAUAGAUGAGAAGAUGCCCUUGAUUUCUUCAGCGAUUUCAGUGAAGAUUAUUACUUACUCAAAAUUGCUUAGUGAAGGGCAAAGUAAUAUUCAGAGACAUUGCCCACCAAAGCCUGAAGAUGUUGCAACUAUCUGCUAUACCAGUGGUACAACUGGGACACCUAAGGGAGUUGUACUUACUCAUGGAAACUUGAUUUCAAAUGUUGCUGGAUCUAGCUUGACUACUAAGUUCUAUCCUUCAGAUGUGUACAUAUCAUAUCUGCCUUUGGCUCAUAUCUAUGAGCGUGUUAACCAGAUUUUGUUGGCAUAUUAUGGAGUUGCAAUUGGUUUCUAUCAGGGGGAUAAUUUGAAGCUAAUGGAGGAUAUGACAGCUCUUAGGCCUACCAUAUUUGCUAGUGUCCCUCGAUUAUACAACAGAAUCUAUGAUAGUGUGAUGAAUCUGGUGAAGACAUCUGGUGGCCUGCGAGAGAGGUUAUUUAAUGCUGCCUACAAUGCCAAGAUGCAAGCAAUAACAAAUGGAAAGAACCCAUCACCAAUUUGGGAUCGAUUAGUAUUUAACAAAAUCAGAGAAAAGCUUGGAGGCCGUGUCCGAUUCAUGUCUUCAGGUGCCUCUCCAUUGUCAGCAGAUGUUAUGGAUUUUCUACGAGUGUGCUUUGGUGGUCUGGUUGUUGAAGGCUAUGGGAUGACAGAGUCAUCUUGUAUCAUUAGUGUAAUGGAUGCGGGUGACAAUUUAACUGGUCAUGUUGGUUCUCCACACCCUGCUUGUGAGAUCAAGCUUGAAGAUGUUCCUGAAAUGAAUUACACAUCUGACGACCGACCAUAUCCCCGUGGAGAAAUUUGUGUGAGAGGUCCACUCGUGUUUCAAGGUUAUUACAAGGAUGAAGUGCAGACCAAGGAGGUAAUGGAUGAGGAUGGCUGGCUCCACACAGGAGACAUAGGAUUGUGGUUACCCGGAGGACGUUUAAAGAUCAUUGACAGGAAAAAGAACAUUUUUAAGUUGGCGCAAGGUGAGUACAUUGCCCCAGAAAAGAUAGAGAAUGUAUAUGCCAAAUGCAAGUUUGUUUCUCAAAGCUUUGUCUAUGGUGAUAGCUUCAACUCCCAUCUAGUUGCGAUUGUUUCAGUUGAUCAAGAUGUAUUAAUAGCUUGGGCUGCAUCUGAAGGAAUAAAGUAUGAAGAUUUAGCCCAGCUUUGCAGCGACCCACGGACAAGGGCCGCAGUCCUUGCUGAUAUGGAUGAUGUUGGAAAGCAGGCUCAGCUGAGGGGUUUUGAAUUUGUCAAAGCUGUCACUUUAGUCGUGGAGCCUUUUUCUUUAGAAAAUGAUCUACUUACCCCAACAUUCAAGAUAAAGAGACCUCAAGCGAAGGCUUAUUUUGCCAAGGCGAUAGCAGAUAUGUAUGCUGAGUUAGUGUCACAUCAGAAACCAAUAUAAAGUGCAUCAAAAUUACACCAUUUAUUUGGAAGCUGAAACACUUUAACAUCUCUUACAAAACAAGGUUUAUCCUGCUUAAAAACACACGCGUGAUUGAAUAAGUUGCAACGCAAUGCUAUAUUGGUGGCUACAGAUUGCAAGUGGGCUCUGGAUAGGAAAUUGCAUUAUUUUGUCCAAUCCAUCUCAAGUGAAACUUUUUAAGGCGGCGAGAGAUAUUGGGAUGUUAUUUUUUCACUACAAAUAAUCCAGAAGCUUUGUAUCUUGAGUUAUAUUUCUUAAUGAUCAUUGUUAUUUGUUCA